AUGCCGCUCUGUCUCACCUUCAUCGACUUAAAGAAGGCUUUCGACUCAGUUGAGACGGAAGCGGUCGUGGAAGCCUUGGACAACCAAGGCGUCCCUACUCAGUACAUAAAGGUACUUCGAGAGUUGUACAGUAACUUCACGACCGGAAUUUCGCCAUUCUACAAGAACAUCAUCAUUGACGUGAAGAGGAGGGUCCGACAGGGUGAUACAAUUUCACCCAAAAUAUUCACAGCCACCCUCGAGAACCCAAUGCGAAAGUUGGAAUGGGACAACAUGGGAGUGAAGGUUGAUGGUCGGCAGCUACACCAUUUGCGCUUUGCUGAUGACAUCGUACUGAUAACACCUAGCAUCAGCCAAGCGGAACGAAUGCUGACCGAAUUCGACGAAACAUGUGGAUGCAUCGGUCUUCAGCUGAAUCUACAAAAGACGAUGUUCAUGCGGAACGGAUGGGUCUCGGAUGCCCCAUUCACGCUCAACGGAACGAACAUAUCCGAAUGCACCAGCUACGUUUAUCUGGGUCGGGAACUGAACAUGAUGAACGACUUGACCCCCGAGCUGGGCAGGAGGAGACGAGCGGCUCGGGGAGCGUACAAGAGCAUCGAGAAUGUAGUGAAGAAGACCAGGAACACCCGACUCCGUGCUCACUUCUUCAACACCACCGUACUUCCUGCUUUGACCUAUGCUUCGGAAACCUGGGCAUUUCGCAAGCAGGAAGAAAAUGGGGUGAGCGUCAUUGAACACGCAAUUGAGAGAGUGAUGCUAGGAGUAUCCCGUUUCACGCAAGUGAGGAACGGGAUUCAAAGUUCUCUCCUACGUCAGCGGUCGAAGAUUAGAGACGCUGCCGCGUUUGCCAAGGAAAGUAAAAUAAGGUGGGCCGGACACGUGAUGCGCUUUAAUGACAACCGUUGGACCAGAGCCGUGAGCGGCUGGGUUCCCCGCGAUAUUAAGCGCACUACAGGAAGACCGCCGACCCGAUGGUCAGAUUUCUUCACGAAGUCCUUCAAAGAAAAAUAUCAUGCUCUUCGUGUCCCACGCGAAAGGAGAAACCACUGGGCUACUCUGGCACGCGAUCGGGACAAAUGGAAGAAUUACUAG